AUGCCUCUGGACCUGUCAGAGACACAGAAGGUGAAGCUCACCUGGGGGCUGACAGUGGUGACUGCCCUGGGCUGGGCCACGUCCCCCCACUUCCGCUGUGCCAACCUGCUGAUGGUCCCCAAAUUCCUGGGAAAGGAGGGUCGGCUCUACGUCGUCUCCUUUGUCUUCGCUGCCAUCUACAACGGGCCCGGGGCCAACCUCUGGUACAACCUGAUGGAGACGAAGCGCUCGAUGGAGUGCGUGGUGGAGCUACAGGUCAACCACACGGGACAUCUGUGGCAGGCAUCGACAGCCCCCCUGCGCCACGUGAUGGAGGAGCUGGUGAAGAGCGCGGAGACGCUCAACACCGAGAUGCAGAACAUCUCCCAGGCCUUCGUGCAGCUGAACGAGCAGGUGGCCAGCCAGGAGGGCUACGACCUGAGGCAACAGCCCGAGACGGGCACGCAGCCAGCCCGCAGCACCCAGGAGAUCUAUGAGACAAAGACCAAACUUCGCUGUGAAACUGUGGUCCAGAGGGGCCUGCAGCGCUGCACGAAGCAGUUCCAGCACAUGUACAAGAAAUGCAUUCAACAAGUGACCAUGCCCCUCGUCAAGCACUUCAUCUGCCUGCCCAUGCAGUUUGGGUUCCUCUGCCACUCGGUCAAACUCAUGAAGCAGUGGUGUAAGAAGAACAUCCCCGUGGAUGGGAACUUCGGGCAGAUGUAUGACCGGGUGAACAGCUCCGUCAACAGCCUCGGCCAGGAGUUCAGCGCCAGCAUUGCCUACCAGGUGGGUGCCUGGGCGCCCUGUGGGUGCCUGUCCCUUGUGCCCGUGGCCCUGUCCUGCCCCAUGGCCCCUCUGCCACAGGAGGAGCAUCACAAGAUGCUGGUGGGCACCGAGGUAGCGGAGCAGCUGAGGAAGGAGGUGACCUCGCAGCUGCGGCAGGAAGGCGCCCGCCUGGGCCUGGCCGUCUCCUUCUUCCGCCUGCUGCUGUCCUUCACCUUCCUCUUCGUCUUCUUCUCGGCUUUCCACUACACCUAUCAAUACUGUCACAACAUCGGCUUUGACAACUGCUACAUCACCACCUAUUUCCGCCAAAUCGAUGCCCGGCGGAGAGAGCAGAACAAGCAGACGCUGCUGCCCCUGCUCCGGGAGGAGACCUCGUCUUUCAUCUUCCCGUGCAAGCCGGUCGUGCAGCGGCCUGAGCGGCAGCACAUAGUGAUGGAGCUGCUCAGGUGCAUCCCAAUCCUGCUCUUCCUCCUCUUUGUCUGUGGCCUGGACCACUUCAUCUUCAGUGUUCUCAGCAUCAUCCAGCAUCAUUCCUUUAUCGAGUAUUCCUACCAAACCAGCCACCACUUGUCCGUGAACGUGAUGGGCACAUCCCUGAUGGCAGAGCUGCUGAGGACCACCAUCGGCGCCCUCAACGCCUCCUACGACACCGAUGUGGAGACCUCCAACCUCGCCUGCCUGCCCCAGCCCACGGGGAUGACGAGGCAGCAGUACCUGAGCACCUGCCUGCCCCUGGGUGUGCUGGCCCUGCUCUGCCUGGCCCAGGUCUACCCGUUCCGCCUGCGCCGCGUCAUCACCGCCUUCUACUUCCCCAAGAGGGAGAAGGCUCGAGUGCUGUUCCUGUACAACAAAUUGCUGCGGCAGCGGAAGAAUUUCUUGUACCUGCAGCGCGGGCGCGUUGCCCGGCGAGCGCGGCAGCCACCCGAGCCGGUGAGUGGGGACAGGGACACGGGGUGCCGGGUGGGGUUGCCAUUGUCCCUCGACCCCGCAGCUCCACACGGGCACAUCCUCGCUGCAGGGGACGUUGCUGCUGCAGUGGUGCCGCCAGCGCUGGCCCUGGCUGCGCCGCUGCUUGCGCCGGAGGUGCACCAUAUGUGGGACCCCCGAGACCCCCCGUCCUGCUGGGGGGAGACGGGGGGCACCUGCCUGGCCUGCGGGCCUGCAGACCCCGACCUCGUCCAGGACAGCAGCGAGGACGAGGAGGAGCAGGGAUACGCGGGAUGA